AUGUCUUUAAAAACUGUUAAAAAUUCUUCUGAACAAGAUAAACAUAAAUGUAAUGUUUCAAAUAUUAUUUGUCACGAUGAAUUAAUUAUAUCAGGAUCGGAUGAUGGUAAAAUUAAGAUAUGGAAACCGGAUCUGGAAUUUGUUACAGAGAUGGAAGCUCUCGGUGGAAUUUUAUCGAUGGCAGCAAACGACAACGUUCUCUAUACGUGCUCCUCCGGCGGUUCUAUACAAUUAUGGGAUUUAAAAACGGGUAAAAAUUCUGGAACGUUGACCUCAACUUGUUACCAACCGCAAAAACUUUACGUUGACAAAAUCGAAAAGGUUUUAUGGGCUGGCGAUACCGAAGGAAAUGUCAUCAAAUUUAAAGAUGAUAAAGAAAUAGGAAAAUUCGAAUUGGUAGAAGAAGUUUGGGAUUUGAUGGCUGUUGGAAAUAUGGUAUACACGGCAAGAGAUAGAGAUGUAGUCGUGGCAGAAGUCGUUAACGGUUCGGUUAAACCUUGCGCGGUUGUUAAAUUCACACACCAAGGAAGGAGUCCGCUUUGUUUUCUAGGGAAAAAUUUUUGUUUUUUAAAUCGUGACGGACGAAAUUUAUGCAUACACGAAAAUAAUUUGGAUAAAAAUUUUCCACGAAUUAAAGAAAUCGUCGCAUCGGAUUUAAUUAUAAACGCCGUGACGUAUUCGGAAACAGGAAAUGCCGUUUAUACCGGCGGAUACGAUUCGACGGUUAAAAAAUGGGAUUUAAAUACAUUCGAAUGUUUAAGUUCGAAUAAUUUGGGUUGUUGCAUAAACGCUUUGUCGUUUUCAACAAAAAAUUAUUUAUACGUUGCCAGAUCCGACGGUUUUAUAACAAAACUCGAAUGUUAA